CAUACCCUUGUUAAAACUAACCUUAUUGAGUGGUACAGCGCCGUUUUUGAACAUCAGUAUUAGUGUGAUGUCUACUAUCAGUUUGCGAAUAAAAUCCCCUAAGGAGGAGAAGACCGUCUCCGUACCCGGUUCAUGCUCAGUUAAAGAACUCCGGGAUGAAGCAUCGAAAGCGUUUGAAACGCCAUCGGAAAGACUAAUUCUUAUAUUUGGUGGAAAGAUUCUUAAGGAUGAAGACAUUUUAGAACAACUCAAGAUUAAGGAUUCUUGUACUAUUCACUUGGUGAUUUCGAAACAACAACAGCCUCCACAGGUGAACCCAACGGGUACAUCUUCAGUAGUUACAGAUGUGAGAGAAACUCCAAGGGAAAACCGGAAUACUGGCACAACUCAGAACGCUGGAAUGAAUACCUUUGCUGGUAUGCAACAGGCCAUGCAGGCUCAGGUGAUGCAAAAUCCCGAACUUCUUCGAAAUAUGCUAGAUAGCCCAUUAGUCCAAUCUCUAAUGAGUAAUCCCGAGGUUAUUCGUAGUUUAUUUCAGGCAAAUCCUCAAAUGCGUGAUUUGAUUGACCGUAAUCCAGAAUUAGGCCAUAUGCUGAACAAUCCAGAUCUUCUUCGACAGUCUAUGGAAAUUGCUCGCAAUCCAGCUCUGAUGCAAGAAAUGGUCCGUAACUACGAUCGAGCAAUUUCAAAUCUAGAAUCACUCCCAGGUGGUAUGAAUCAUUUGCAGCGGAUAUUUCGAGAUAUUCAAGAGCCAAUGAUGGAUGCAGCUACUAGCAUAGGAUCAACUCUCAGUGGUAAUCAGUCGAGUGGUAAUUCAGAUCCGAAUCCUUUCGCAAAUUUGGCAGGUGGUGUAAGACAAGGAGCUCCAGCCACUGAGCCUAUGCCGAAUCCAUGGGCACCAGCGACAAACAACUCUACUUCAAGUAAUGGUACGUCAACGGCAGCAACUGGUACAGCAAAUACAAAUCGUAAUAGUGAUUUUGUGCAGACUAUGUUGAAUCAACUCUCCUCUAGUCCAGAGUUGGUAUCAAAUGCUUUUCAAGUUCCGUAUGUACAAGCUAUGCUUGAAGCGAUGAGUGCAAAUCCAUCAGUUAUGGAAAAUUUGAUCAUGAAUAAUCCUAUGAUUUCUAGUGUAAAUCCUAAUGUACGUGAUCAAAUGCGGCAGAUGCUUCCUCAGUUAGCCAAUCAAAUUAAUCAACCAUCAUUUAUGAAUAUGCUAUCCAAUCCACGUGCCUUGCAAGCUAUGAUGCAAAUCCAGCAAGGUCUUCAAACACUACAACAAGAAGCCCCAGGUGUAUUAACCAGUCUAGGCAUGUCUGCGCCUUCUGUUGGUCCAGGUUCAGUUCCGCCGGCGGCGACUCCUGCCACAACAGAUGGUUCAACAGCCCCAGCUCCAGGGAGUAACGCUGAUUCCACCACUGGAUCAACAACAACAACAACAACAGCACCAGCUGAUCGUACCACAGACAGUGCAGCUAAUCCUCCUAAUCAGGCUGAAUUGACUACACUUUUAGCCAGUAUGUUAAAUAUGAUGUCGACAAAUAAUGGUGGAUUGGGCGCUGGUGCUGCUGCUGGUGGUGCUGCAAACAAUACUGUGCCACCUGAACAAAGAUAUCAAGCUCAACUUGAAAUUUUGGCCAGUAUGGGGUUCGUAAAUCGAGAGGCUAAUUUACAGGCACUUAUCGCUACAUUUGGAGAUGUCAAUGCAGCUGUUGAUAGACUACUCCAAUCAAAUCAAUCAAGAUGAAGUCCCUCCCUUAGUAGCUGCUCACACUAAAGAUCAACACUACUACUCUCUCUAUACAGCACACUCAUUUCAAAAUCAUUUGUCAAGGGAAUGUUCAUUCAUAAAGACUAUGGUUUUCAACAGGAGGAGACUGGUCAAUGUGUGUGUGUUUGCCUGUAAUUUUUCGUUAGUCCGUUCAGUUUUGCUGUUACAGUUUUCUUCACAAAUUUAAUGCAUAUUGAUGACUAUAUCCAAAAAGUUGUUAUCGUGUUUGUUUGUUUGUGCGCUCUAUUCAGCAGUUUUGCGGUGCAGUAGACUUUUGCUAAGCCUCCGUUCAUUCUUUAUGCUUGUUAGGACAAUUUUAUCGUGCCUGUUUGUGUGUGUGUUUUCUGCAUACUAUUUUCCAUUAUCUUUUGCCCUGCCUCCGGCCCCCUGCCCUCUCCCCUCCAAAUAUCACGCGCUGCGCACAUCACUAACACCCCCCCAUCUCCCCCUCUAUCUCUUUCUCGCUCGCUGGCUCGCUCACUCUCUGGUUUUGUCUGCCUCCUUAUGUUUUUCUGUUAAUCUCCUUUGUGAAUUGUUUACUCUACUUGACAACAAUAAUAACAAUAAUACUGUGAAACAAAAUCGUAAAUAGUUUCAAUUUUAUUUGUUUUUUUUGUGAUUUGGUGUUUCUUUUUUGACUCUUAUUUUCACAUUAUAUAUUGUUGUUAUUGUUAUUAUAUAAGAGGGGAGGGAAUACAAUAACUUUUAUGAACAAUGCGUAUGUAUCCUCCCGAUGAUUCCUAAACAAAAAAAACAACAUUCGCAUCGUUGGUUAUCGUUUACUUCAUAAUGUGGACCACUUCAGUUGAAAGUUGAUGUAAUCUAUAACAUGGAAAUAUACAUAAUCUAUACAUAUAUAUAUACAUAUGCAUAUAAUCAAUAUAUAUUGUUCUGUUUUAUAUUUCUCAAUAAAAAUAAUAAUUUCAAAGAGUCGUCUGGU